CGAUCCCUCCUCCCGCCCCUUCCCGGCCGCGGUUCCGCGGCCUCGGUGCUGCUUCCACACGUGUGUCCGCCAUGCGCUUCGCCUACCGGUUCUCCGGCCUGCUGGGCACCGUGUACCGCCGCGGGAACCUCAGCUUCACCCGCGAUGGAAACUCCCUCCUCAGCCCCGUCGGCAACAGGGUCUCCCUCUUCGACCUCAAGAAUAACAAGUGUGAGACAUUUCCUUUGGCUACACGGCUUAAUAUUGUGUGUGUGGGGCUCUCUCCAGAUGGAACUCUUGCCAUUCUGAUUGAUGAAGAGGGAGCUGCCUUGCUUGUCAGUUUGAUUGGUAAAUGUGUGAUACAUCAGUUUUAUUUUCACAAGCCAGUUCACAGUGUCAAGUUCUCCCCUGAUGGCAACUUUGUGUGCAAUUAUGCUUCCCCCUUCCCCUCCACAUAUGACAGGAAAUUUGUGAUUACAAAAGACAACCUUGCUUACCUGUACCAUGCUCCUGGGAAGAAACGAGAAUUCAAUGCAUUUGUUCUGGACAAAACCUACUAUGGUCCAUACGAUGAAACAACUUGUAUUGACUGGACUGAUGAUUCCAAAUGUUUUGCAGUAGGAAGCAAGGACAUGUCUACGUGGGUGUUUGGAGCAGAGCGAUGGGCAAACUUGAUCUACUACUCACUUGGAGGGCAUAAGGAUGUAAUUGUAGCCUGCUUUUUUGAAGAGAACAGUCUAGAUCUGUACACAAUUAGCCAGGAUGCAGCUCUCUGUGUGUGGCAGUGUGACACAGAGCUCGAUGGCUUGAAGCCCAUGCCCCCAAAAGAUGCAGCUAAGGAAGAGGAUGCAGGACAAAAUGAUGAAGAGUUGCUUGAAGAGCCAAAGGGUGAAGAAAUCCACGGAAAAGCCAAUCCAAGUGAACAGGAGACUAGAAAUAAGGUUAAAUAUUCACGUGUCGCAAAAUAUUUUUUCAAUAAGGAGGGAGAUUUUAAUAACCUGACAGCUGCAGCCUAUCACAAGAAAACACACCUUUUAGUCACUGGUUUUGCCUCUGGAAUCUUUCACCUCCACGAGCUUCCAGAUUUCAAUCUGAUCCACUCCUUGAGUAUUUCAGACCAAAGGAUAGCUUCUAUUUCCAUCAACUGCACUGGGGACUGGAUUGCCUUUGGAUGUUCAGGUUUGGGUCAGCUCCUGGUGUGGGAAUGGCAAAGUGAAUCCUAUGUGCUGAAGCAACAGGGACAUUUCAACAGCAUGGUUUCCUUGGCAUAUUCUCCAGAUGGACAGUACAUAGUGACUGGAGGGGAGGAUGGGAAAGUGAAAGUGUGGAACACUUCAAGCAGCUUUUGCUUUGUCACAUUUACAGAACACACCAGUGGUGUAACUGCUGUAACUUUUACUUCCACUGGUUAUGUGGUUUUGAGUGCUUCCCUUGAUGGAACAGUGCGUGCCUUUGAUCUGCACAGGUACCGCAAUUUCCGCACCUUCACAUCUCCACGACCAAGUCAGUUCUCUUGUUUGGCUGUGGACUCCAGUGGGGAGAUUGUGUCAGCUGGUUCCCAGGAUUCCUUUGAAAUAUUCAUCUGGUCAAUGCAGAGUGGGAGGCUGCUGGAUGUCUUAGCAGGCCAUGAGGGUCCCAUCAGCAGUUUGUCCUUUAACCCAAUGAAGUGUCUUCUAGCCAGUGCCUCUUGGGAUAAAACAGUCAAGUUAUGGGAUAUGUUAGACAGCUGGAGAACUAAGGAGACACUAAUAAUGAAUUCAGAUGUUCUCGUCAUUGCUUUCCGUCCUGAUGGCAAGGAGCUGGCAGUUGCUGCUUUGAAUGGACAGAUAACAUUUUGGGAUCAUGAAAAUGCAGUGCAGACUGGCUCCAUUGAGGGAAGGCACGAUCUUCAGAUGGGGAGGAAGGAGCUUGAUAAAAUAACUGCCAAGCAGGCAGCCAAGGGCAAGUCUUUUACUACUCUAUGUUACUCAGCAGAUGGUCAGUCUAUUCUGGCAGGUGGAUUGUCAAAGUUUGUCUGUAUAUAUAAUGUCAAGGAACAGAUUCUUAUGAAAAAAUUUGAAAUCUCAUGCAACCAUUCUUUAGAUGCAAUGGAGGAAUACUUAGAUCGGAGAAAAAUGACUGAAUUUGGCAGCUUGGCUCUGAUUGAUGAAGGGGGUGGAGGUGACGAGGGUGUUGCAAUUCCCCUUCCUGGAGUAAAGAGAGGUGACAUGAGUUACCGACACUUUAAACCUGAAAUAAGAGUGACUUGUGUGCGAUUCUCUCCUACAGGACGAAGCUGGGCAGCCACCACCACAGAAGGUCUUCUGAUCUAUUCUCUGGACUCUGGAUUGAUUUUUGAUCCUUUUGAGCUGGAUAUUGAUGUCACACCCAGCAACAUACACAAAACACUGCGCCGGAAGGAGUACACAAUGGCCAUCAUCAUGGCCUUCAAGCUGAAUGAAAAGAAAUUAAUUCAGGAGGUCAUCGAGGCUGUUCCUAGCAGUGAAGUUGAUGUUAUCUGCUCAUCGCUCCCAGACCUGUAUGUGGAGAAAUUAUUGGAGUUCCUGGCCUCUGCAUUUGAGAUCUCAUGUCACUUGGAGUUCUAUCUUAUUUGGGCUCAUAAGUUGCUCAUGCUGCAUGGACAGAAACUGAAAACAAGGUCAGUGAAGCUGCUCCCUAUGAUUCAGUUCCUCCAGAAAAGCAUCCAGCGGCAUUUCGAAGAUGUUUCAAAACUCUGUGAAUGGAACAUCUACAACAUCAAAUACGCGCUGGCCAUUUCACAGCAGCGGGGCGUGAAACGUCUGGCUGAAGAACCAUCAGUGGAUGAAGAAGAGUUGGAUUCUGACAGUGAUUAUCUUAUGCAAGAGGUUCAUAAAGACAAAUUGAGUUCCUAGUUACUCUGCAUGAGAGGGAGAAAACCCUCAAGGCAGUAUUUUAUGCAGUGGUAUUCACUGAGAAGGAGUGGCCCUCAUAGUGGCAUCUGUUAGCUCUUCCCAACAAUGUGGAUGGAGUUACAUGUGAGUUAGGGGGGAAAUGUAGGAUAGGCAAAGUGCCAUCCGUGGCAUAAAUCAUGUACCCCUUGGCUGUAAAUUUGACAGCACUGAUUUCUUGUUGAUUUCUUUUUUUUUUUUUUUUAAUAAUUUCUGAUUUCAAGCAAGGAAAAAAAGUGUUCUUAGUGAAGUUAAAAGUACGGCUGGAAGAAGUUUAUUAAAAAUGCUUUAUACAUUAACUAUUGUGAGUUUUGUAAUGCAGUCUUGGACUAUUUUUUUUUAAUCCUUUUUAAAAAGCAUUCUUAAUUGGAGGUCUAUCUGUUGCUCUCAACUUGUUUUAAAUGUUGUUUUACUUCAAUUUAAUAUUUACAUAUUUCUGGAACAGUUUUCUUAGUUCUCUAACUUCCAAACCUGAUGAAGGUUCAAUAAUGAGGAUAAAUGUUACAUCCAUAGCAAUGACUAUGAGAGAAUAUUUACUGUGAUGUACAAAUCUUGUAGAGGUUUAAUUACGAACCUUGAGAUACUGUAGUAAAAAUUUGUUUGGACAUUGCCAACUCAAUAAUGUAAUUUAAACUUUAAGAGAAUGUGUUACAAAUGUGUGUUUUGUUUUGUUUUGGUUUUUUUCAAAUGAAAACUUUUUCUUGUCCUGUUGGGUUUUUUUAUGUUGUUUAUUAGCACAUUAAAAUCUGGAAUUUUGAUUUCC